AUGCUGGCCAAUUACCGCCAGAUCUUGCGCAAUUUAGGCGCCAAAUCUAAACUCACGCUCGUCACGGGCAAUCAGAGUGCCGAUAUGGACUCCACGAUAGCCGCUCUAGCGUACUCGUACCUGUGUUCGAAAAAAGACGUCAUCCCGGUGCUCAAUAUUCCACGCGCAGAUUUCAAGCUGCGCAAAGAUAUCGUGCACGUGAUGGACAUCUCAGGCGUCGACACGGCCAGUCUGGUGUUUCUGGACGAUCUCGAGUCCAGCUGGGAGAAGCUUUCCGCCUCCUCGAUCGACUUGGUGCUGGUGGACCAUAAUAAGCCUCAAGGAUCUGUCAUCCAGGACUUGAUCAGCAAGUUGAACGCCAAGGUGGUGUCCAUAUUGGACCAUCACGACGAUGAGAAGCUGUUCUUGGACGCCAAUCCGCGGAUUGUGCAGAAAUGCGGUUCUUGCACCUCUUUAGUUAUUACACAUUUCAAAGAGCAGACUGCCAAGAUCGACCCAAAACUUGCCAAGAUGUUCAUUUCGCCUAUCCUUAUUGAUACAAACCGGCUCAGAAGCCAUGUGGAGUCCGUUGACACAAAAGCGUACGACCUGCUGACUUUGCGGUUGAAUGCAAAGCCGGAUUUUUCAGACAACUACGCCGAGGAACUGUUUGCUGCGAAGAACAAUGUGGAGGGACUUUCGAUGCUGGAUCUGCUGAGAAAAGACUACAAGGAGUACGAUACCGUGGGGAUCAGCUCGCUGACUGUCGGUUUGUCGUACUUGCAGAAGUUCGAGGUCCGUAAGAGCCUGGAAGCCUGGAAAAACGAAAGACAUUUGGAUGUGGUCAUCAUCCUUACGGCUUAUCGAGACAAAUACGGUUUCAAUAGAGAACUGAUGGUUUAUGGCGACCCGGAUAAACUGGACACUCUAUUAGAUCAUAUUAAAGGGCCGCUGGGUCUGACACAGACUCGGAUCUUCCCAUAUACAUUUAGACAACGCGUGCCUAAAUUCAGCCGGAAACAGGUCGCUCCACUGGUUCAAGAGUGGCUUGAAUCAGAGUAA